AUGGCGUGCCUCUGGACCACCACCUGCAGGGUCCACCUCGCCGCCGGCGCGGACGCCGACAGCGACCACAUGCUUAUGCCACCUGACCUGGAGACAAGCAGGCUCAGUCUUCCAUCCGCUGAGGAAGCCAGGAGCCCCUUGUCCGUGUGUUUGGGGCACCUCGCCACCUGGCUGAAGCAUAGGGGUGGCAGCUCGAUGACCGUGGCGCUCGCCGUGCUGAUGUCCAGGGCGACGAUGCACUGUUCUCUGCACAGCCAGUGGACGGUGGUGCCUCCGAGGACAAGCGGCGGGGAGCAACGGUUCGGGAGGGUGCUGAUGAAGUUGGGCGGGAGGCGGGUGUGGACGACGUGGCCCCAAUCUCCGCGCUCCGACGAGAAGAUCCUCGUCACCAAGUUCGUGCCGGCGAUGAGGAUCUGGAAUGAGCGGCCGGCGUCGCCGACGGCGAGCAAGGUUCGUGGGUACAUAGCAGAGAUGCCAGGGGAACGGACGCGGGACACGCGGACGGUAAGGGUGUUGAUGACGCGUAGCUCAGCGGAGAUGGCAUGGCGUCGGUGGAGGACGACGAGACAGCCGCGCGAGACCAUGGGCUCCUGCCAGCCCAGACAUUCGGUUUCGAAGGUGAAGGGAAGGCGUUGCUCCUGGAAGAAAGCAUCGCGAGACCAUGAGCGCUUGCAUGCAGGAAGCGCCGAGGAGGAGGUCAGGGUCGAAGCCGCCGCCACCGCCGCCGGUGGCGCGGACGAUGGUUUUGGCGUCUGA